CAGAACCCGAGGAAACGGAGAACCCGAGGCUGACAGAAAUUGUGAGCCGCCUGGUCGACUCUGGUCAUAGUCCUCAGUCCAACGACUUGGUCAGUUAGUCAUUAGUCUCACUCUCUGAUCUGAUUUCAACAAACUACGUGUCGUUUACUUCGGCUGAUCGAGUUUUUUUUUCCUCGGCAAGCUAGUAGCAGAUUCCAUCGUGCCAAACGUGGAAGAGGUUUGACGAGUUUUGAUCACUUCAUCGUGUUGUAGCAGGGUAGUCAGUCGCAUCUCGUGGAUCAUUACGGUUCUGAUAUUAACCUAGAACAUUCUCAUUGUUGCCGUCUUUACACUACCAUCAUCGUUUCUUGUGAAAGCAAACUUCUAGGUUUCUUACUUCUCCAUUCGUGGCUGUCUAUUUCGCGCAUAGUAUCGCAUUCGCUACCAUGGAGAGGGUUUUCUCGGUAGACGACAUUCUAGGAACCUUCUGGAAGGUCGAAUCGUCAGGCGAUGUCGCUGCUGCUGCAGCCGCCGCCGCCGCAGCAGCGGCUGCCUCCGGCGGGCUUCUCCCUCCAGGCGCGUCCGCCUUCCCCGGCGGAUAUUCCGGCGGAAUUUCCGGCGGUCUGGGGAGCAGCGAGCUACAGCGCCCAAUCCCACGGACCGGAUCUUUCCAUCGUAUGAAUCGAAUAUCCUCGGAGUGGGCGUUUCAGGAGUUUAUAAAGGAGCAGACUGCAGCGGGGACAAUGACAGGUUACAAUGGAGUGAGCCCACUAAUGGCCGGUCUUAGCCACGUUCCGAGUCUAGAUAAACUCCUCGGAGAGAGCCCGUCUAGGCUUAACUUAAGUAUGUUCGGCCGACCGGGAGCAGAAGGCGAAGCAGGGAUCUCCGCCGCCGCCGCCGCCGCAGGAGGCGCGGCAGCGGCCGACAGUCUCGCCGCAUUGGGGGGUAGCAAGCAGAGUCGAUUGGAUCUGGCGGGGGGAGAUCCGCGGCUGGGAUUGUCCGCGCCAAGGCGGGCAGCGGGGGAAGAAGUGGAGGCGGGGGGAACCGGGGCCACUGCGGGAGCGGCGGGGGAUGGGGGGAGUUUCGGUGGAGUGGGGGUGUUCCGCUCCCCGUCGAUCAAGGGAUUGGCGUCAGGCGCGUCAGCGGAUGCAGCAGCGGCAGCAGCAGCGGCAGCGGCAGCGGCAGCCGGGCAGGCGCCGACUGUUGACGCAGCAGCUGCCGUGAACGGCGCCUCCGCCGCAAGUGCCGCAGCAGCCGCAACCAACGGCGUGCCGACAAGUGGCACUCCCGCCUCCGCGAACGGCGCGCCUCUCUCUCCGCCUCCCCCCCCGUCCGUGGUGCACCCGACCCCCGAGGAAAUGGGACGCCUCUGCGCCCCUCCAGGCUCCGCGGAAGCCGCCAGCCCGACCUCCAGCAGGCAGCCGGGCGGGGGAGAAAAGGGGGGAACUGGCGGAAAGAGCGGAGGGAAGAGGGGUCUGGGGGGAGCCUCGAGCGGGAGGGGGGGAGGCGGAGGGGGGACAAGGGCGGGCGCGCAGAGUGGAGGGGGGAGGGAGAAUGGGGGCGGGUCGGAUGAGAAUCACUCUGACGAUGGGGGGCGGUCGGAAGGGGAGGAUGAGCUGGUGGCGUCGUUGGAGCACCUGACGGACCCUGAGGAGAUCAAGCGCGUCAAGAGGAUGCUGUCCAACCGCGAGUCGGCACGGCGCUCCCGGCGCAGAAAGCAGGCGCAUAUGGGGGAGCUCGAGACGCAGGUGACUCAGCUGCAGAUCGAGAACGCCAACCUGGCGAGCCGCCUCGGGGAGAUCGGGAGGAAAUACAGCGAUGCAGCAGUGGACAACCGGGUGCUGAAAUCUGACGUGGAGGCUUUAAGAGCCAAAGUGAAAAUGGCCGAGGAGAUGGUUGGGAGGGUCAGUCACAUGGCACAAUAUAUGUACCACCAGCACCACCAGCCUAUGGCGUAUCGGCAUGAUCCUGCUGCUGCUGCUGCUGCUGCUGCAGCCGCUGCUGCUGCUGCGGCUGCUGGUUCGCUUCCCUACGGGCCGUCUGCUGCUGAGAUUGCUUACUAUCAGCACCACGCUCACAACUCCUCUGCUGCAGCAGCGGCGGCAGCAGCUGCGGCGGCGGCUGCUGCUGCAGCUAGCGCUGGUGCCAGUGUUGCUGCUGCAGAUGCUGCUGGUUCUGCUCCUGCUACUGGUGCUGGGACAGCUGCAGCAGCCGCUGCCGCCGCCGCUGCAGCUCAAUCACACUCAUCACUGCACUCCCUCCAGUCAUACGCCUCGCAUCAGCACGCUGCUGCUCUAUCUGCCACGGCACAUGGGGCGUAUUCCCUAGAGGCUCUGCGUGCCGGCGGAAUGCAUCUCCCUGGCGCCGGUAUUUCCCCUCAUAACUAUGCAGCGGCUGCUGCGGCGGCGGCAGCUGCAGCAGCAGCUGGGGGCGGGGUACACCCGAGCCUGGCUGCCAUGCAUGGAAUGCGUGGGGCGGCAGCAGGAAUGGCCAGUCUUGGGGCUGGUUCGGGGAUGGCAGACCCAGCCGCUGCUGCUGCAGCAGCAGCAGCAGCUGCUGGAGGGGGGGGAGAGGGGGGAGCAGCAGGAGGGAUGGGGGGAGAGGAGGCUGGGGGAGGGCUUGUGAGAUUGGAGAGGAGUGCAAGCAUGGAGAGGGCAGCAAGUGAUGAGCAUGCACAGAAGAGGUACAAAGCAGGAGAAUGAGGUAGACUAUAUUUUGACGAAGUAUAGGAUGUGUUUUUGUUUGUUUGGCUUGAGGAGGUUUACAGCCAUCAAAGUGUGGCUGGUGAUUUGUUUUUUCUCGAGCUUUCGUUAUUGAUGAUAGUCAAGGCUCUUGACACAGUCAUGUUUAGGUUAUCACAACUCCUAGUCGCAAUGCUGUGAACCCUGAUUACA